CGGCGUUUUUUUUCCCCCUGUCUCAUUCGGCGGCCGGUGGAUGUUUCUAGACCAGGAGUUGGCGGUGAGGGGUAAGGCCGGGCUGCAGUUGACUGGAGCGGGCACACGGAGCCGGGAGGUUGCUUUACAGUGGGCUUGAGCCUAAGAGAAAUACACUGGAAAGUUGAUUGAGCAUCUGGUUCAGAGGGUUUUCAUCCAGAAGAAGUAAAUCGCUAAAAAUGGUGGACUACUACCAGGUGUUGGGAGUACAUAAAAAUGCUUCUCAGGAAGAAAUUAAAAAAUCAUAUCGCAAGCUGGCACUGAAAUGGCACCCGGAUAAGAAUCCUGAUAACAAGGAAGAGGCUGAGUCUAAAUUUAAACAACUUGCAGAAGCUUAUGAAGUUCUUUCUGAUGCUUCAAAACGCAAUAUCUAUGACCGAUAUGGGAAAGAAGGCUUGACUAAUGCUGGUGGAGGUGGUCAGUUUGGAGAAGGCUUCGACUUUGGCUUCACGUUCCGUAAUCCUGAAGAUGUUUUCAGGGAGUUCUUUGGAGGCAGGGAUCCUUUUGCUGACUUCUUCAUGGAUGAUCCCUUUGAUGACUUCUUUGGAAAUCGACGAGGUAGACGAGGGGUUGAAAGAAGCAGGGGUGGCGGAGGAUCUUUCUUUUCUUCUUUUGGGGGAUUUCCUGCAUUUGAUUCAGGUUUUACUUCAUUCAGUUCAUUUGGUAAUCUUGGAACAGCAUCAUUCUCAUCCUCUUCGUUUGGAGGUGGCGGAAUGGGUAACUUCCGAUCUGUAUCAACGUCUACCAAGUUUGUUAAUGGCAGGAAAAUCACCACUAAGAGGAUUGUAGAAAAUGGCCAAGAAAGAGUGGAAGUAGAGGAAGAUGGUCAAUUAAAAUCUUUAACAAUAAAUGGUAAGGAGCAGCUACUACGAUUGGAUAACAAGUAAAUAUUCCCUCAUAUUUAAGAAAUGAAAAUGGAUGAGCAUUCAUGGGUGAAAAGAUUUGAGUAUCCUGGAAGGAACUUUGCAUUAUGCGUUACGUUGUUUAAGUCAAAUUAGUUUUGCUGCUUGUUAUGGCAUCAGUGAUCUAAUGAUGUUUAUGCCAUACUUGGAGUUUACUUUGACGGGACCACAGAUUAGGACCAUCUGGUAUUGAUUUGAGUUUUUGUAUUAUGAAUUUAUUGAUGCACUUUCCUGUGUAACCAUUUCCAUUGACCAUUUAUUUACCUUUUUGAACCUAGAGAGAUUCCACUCUAAUCCAAAUUUUUCUAGCUAAAUGAAUGCAAAUUAGCUUUAACUUACAGGAGAAUUUGAAGUGUUAAAAUUUUUCUAACUCUUUUGUACUUGCUAGUAAAUAUAAUUAAGACUAUUUAAUAAUAUAGUUUGCAUUUCUCUUUGCUUGAAAUUGCAUCUUUUUGUGGUUUAGUUUUGCAUGUAUGCCACUUCGGUGAUAUUUUGGGAACUGUUUGUCUUUAUGCUGUUUAUAACCUGAUCACUCCACGUAACAUGAUGCUGGCAGAAUUAAACAUUCAUUGUUAACAAAUGACGUGAAAAGAAAUGUUUGUGGCACAACCAUUAAAAGGGCAUGGAAAAAUA